AAUUGUUUGUGUUACAGAGGAAUUCAGAAACAAAACGGCAUACUGUUACAUACGUUUGUAUAUACAUAUAUAUUAUAUUGUGUAGGAGAAAGGUUAAUGGCGGCAGUUUUUCCCGCCUGGGUUGUGAUAGUGGUGGUGAUGUCGGAGGCAGCCGUAGUGAUGAGUGGUUUUCCGGCGACUUUGAAGCUGGAGAGAAGCAUUCCAUUGGCGAGCCAUGAACUAGAGCUGAGUCGACUCAGAGAACGUGAUAUACUCAGGCAUGGAAGGCUGUUGCAGUCCUCUGUCGGUGUCGUGGAUUUCCCAGUUCUGGGUCUUUAUGAUCCGUUUCUAGUUGGGCUAUAUUAUACUAAAUUACAAAUAGGUUCUCCACCAAGGGAAUUCCAUGUACAGAUUGAUACAGGAAGUGAUGCUUUAUGGAUAGGUUGCAAUUCCUGUAAGGGUUGUCCUAAAUCCAGCGGACUUCAAAUUCCACUUAAAUUGUAUGAUCCUGGAAGCUCAUCAACAGCUUCAACGGUCUCGUGUUCAGACGAGAGAUGUAGUCAUGGUAUCAAAUCAUUGAGUUCCAUCUGUUCAGGUUCUAGCUAUCGAUGCAGUUACACAUUUCAGUACGGUGAUGGUAGUGGAACAUCGGGUUAUUAUGUGUUGGAUUUGUUGCAUUUCAACAAAAUUGUUCAGGGAUCUGUGGAUAGUAAUGCUACAGCCAAAGUUAUGUUUGGGUGUAGUACAUUGCAAACCGGAAACUUGACAACACCGGAUAGAGCAGUUGAUGGAAUCUUUGGGUUCGGGAAGCAGAGUUUGUCUGUAAUAUCACAACUUUCAUCACAGGGAGUGGCACCUAGAACGUUUUCCCAUUGUUUAAAAGGGAGUGAUGGUGGUGGUGGUAUACUUGUUUUCGGUGAGGUCGUGGAACCGAAUAUGUCUUAUACUCCACUUGUCCCGUCAAUGCCUCACUAUAAUCUUGAUCUACGGAGCAUUUCAGUUGGAGGGCAAGUUUUACCAAUUGACAAAUCAGAAUUCUCGACAUCAAUCAACCGAGGAACUAUAGUUGAUUCAGGAACAACUUUGGCAUAUCUAGCUGAUGAAGUUUACAAUGCUUUUGUCGGUGCUGUAAGUAUUGUAUCAAAAAUUUUUGUUUCAGCAACCGUGCACCCUGUUCUUUCCCGGGGAAAUCAAUGCUACGUAAUAACUAGCAGUGUCAAUAACGUAUUCCCUGAAGUGAGUCUGAACUUCGCCGAUGAUGCAUCGUUGGUUUUAAACCCUGAGGACUAUCUUCUCCAGCAGAAUUCUAUUGGCGGUGCUGCAGUUUGGUGCAUUGGCUUUCAAAAAAUCGAGGGUCAAAGUAUAACAAUUUUAGGAGAUCUUGUUCUGAGAGACAAAAUCUUUGUUUACGAUCUGGCAAAACAAAGGAUCGGAUGGAAGAACUAUGACUGUUCAUCAUCUGUUAAUGUCUCUGCAACUAUUGAUAAAGGAACAACCGAAUUUGUCGACGCGAAGCAGAUGGACAAUGAAGGUUCAUCACUGGAUCAACUUCGGAACACCUUAGCUUUACUUCUGCACAUUUUUGUUCUUGCUGAUCUACCGUUUUCAUAACACGUAUACGGCAAGGAUUCAUAGCAAUCUCGACAGCAACUGAUGAGUUAUUUGAUCCGCAUCAACGUCAACGACUGAAGCUCGAACUCGAGCUUCAAUAGCAAGCAUGAACCUAAAUCAACCCGUUGCAGAAGUUGUGUCCGGCUGCUUAGUUUGUAAUGUAGUUGAUUGUGUCUUUCCAUUGAAUCUUCAUCAGCCAUGUAAAGU